GCCGCCCGGGGCCUUCGCUGCCGAGGGCGCGGCCGGGACGUCCGGCGAGGCCAGCCCGCCUCCGCGGAAGAAGAAGAAGGACAUCCGCGACUACAACGAUGCGGACAUGGCGCGUCUUCUGGAACAGUGGGAGAAGGAUGACGACAUAGAAGAAGGGGAUCUCCCGGAGCACAAAAGACCCUCGGCGCCUAUCGACUUCUCUCAGAUAGACCCGGGCAGGCCCGAGAGCAUCCUGAAGAUGACCAAGAAGGGGAAGACGCUCAUGAUGUUCGUCACUGUGUCCGGAAGCCCCACGGAGAAGGAGACGGAGGAGAUCACCAGCCUCUGGCAGGGCAGUCUUUUCAAUGCCAACUACGACGUUCAGAGGUUCAUCGUGGGAUCGGACCGUGCGAUCUUCAUGCUUCGUGAUGGGAGCUACGCCUGGGAGAUCAAGGACUUUUUGGUCAGCCAAGACAGGUGUGCCGAUGUCACCCUGGAGGGGCAGGUGUACCCCGGCAGAGGAGGGGGUAGCAAAGAGAAAAAUAAAACAAAGCAAGAGAAGGGCAAGAAGAAGCAGGAGGGGGACCCGAAGUCUCGGGCCGCCACGGCUGCAAAGGAAGACAAUCGAGCUGGGAAUAAGAGGGAGGAGUUGUGAGCGGCCACUGAGGCCCCUUGGGAGGAGCGCCCCGGGCGGGGGCAGGCGGGAGCACCGCUCGCCGAGGACAUCCUGCUUUCUUCUGGAAAGGCUCUGCCGUAGGACCAGUUUGUGGUCCACGUGAGAAGUACUGUCUAAAAGGCUUCAAGUAGGAGGACAGAGGUCUCGUCAUUCCUGUUGGACAAUGACACUUCCACGUUUACCAGAAAAUCACUGUAAAUGGAAACCCAACCAUUGCUUUUGCCAUUUCUGUCUGGGGGCGUCACUGGCUCCUGCGGCCCCACCCUCUCCCCUCGCCGGCCCUGACCCAGGGGCUCGCUGUGUCCGUGCUCCCCUCCUUUCUGUUCACGGAAGCGCCGCCACGUUCUAAUCAGACCUGGACUCAGCGGGACCGGGCUCUUCGGGCCGCAAACUCGGUUUUGGGGACUGUGAUGUCGAGCACGCCGUGGGAGCCCCGCGUGGCGCUCUGGGUCCUGAAUGUGCGGUCAGGACGCCGGGAUGUCUGGCCCCCACAUCGGUGCAGAGAAAAUCACGUAGCCUGCAAAGCCCAGGUCUUCACUGUGAAUCCCCAGAGGGCUUCUCGGUACCCGUCUGGGUUUACGUGGGCUGUACGGUCGGGGCUGUGUUUCCUUGUGUGGGGCAGCCAUGCCACGGUCGAGGGUUCGAGCGCGCCGUCCUGCGAAGACGCUGAAGGGGGGGCAUCGGGAGUCUGCAGGUGGGACGGAAGACUCCCUGACCUCGUUCAUUUCUGAACAUUGUUCUUCGAUGAAGUGCCUAAGCUUGUGGUGUUUAGUGUGGAGCUAACAUGGCUCGGUUCCUGCUCCUGUUGGGAAUUGCUGUUCAUGCAGCAGACGGGACUCGUGUGCGGGUGUCGCUGGUAGGAACUAAAGUUAUUUGUACGAAACUUCCAUUGUGAUUUUAGCAAGUGAAGACUAGCUCGUGUCCGUGCUUCCAGGUGUUACUGCUGGAGGAAGGUACAAAGGGACAAGUCCGUGCCUACCCCCUGCCGCUGCCUCAUCUCAGGGGAAGCUCCCGUUCUUUGUUUCCAAGGGGAAAAAAGUUCACCAGCA